CUCAAACCUGUUUCGAUGUGGGCAAAUGGCCGCGUCGUGGCGGUCGGCACUCAUCAGAAAGACUAAGAAAAAAGCAAAUUCUUGUGUUAAAGAUGUUGAGCAGGUGUUGAAGUAUUUUCAUGGUCUUAGGCCAGGAAUACAAGAAUAUACGUAUGAAAAUGGAAGACAAACAGAGUUAUUUGCCAUGGAGGGGACAAUUCCCAUCAAAAUAAAAGGUGUUACUUACAAUAUUCCAGUUUGUGUUCUGCUACAAGAGGGUCAUCCUGAAGUUGUGCCUCUGGUGUAUGUCAGACCAACAAGCUCAAUGGCAAUCAAAGUUUCACCUUAUGUUGAUGCAAAUGGCAAAGUUUAUCAUCCCUACCUUCAUAAAUGGAAUUAUAAAUCAAGUAAUAUCAAUACAUUACUUCAAGAACUGUGUAGAAUUUUUACACAGAAUCCACCAGUAUAUACAAUCUCAAGGGGACCUAGCAAUUCAAUCUCCCAACAAUCUCAGGGUAACGGUCAUCAAGAUGCCAGGCCAUCAGGGUCCUUGUGUCAGGAUCCCCCAGCUCAAGGCUCCAAAAGUGAUGAAAGCAAAAAGGAGUGUAUUAUAUGUAUGAGUAAGGAACCAAACAGUGUGCUGAUUCCAUGUGGCCACCUGGGAUUGUGCAUGGCUUGUGCCAGAGAGAUACAGAGGAACUCCAAACAAUGCCCAGUCUGCAGAAGUGUAAUUGAUCAAGUUCAUCAAGUCUAUGAAUCCUAGACAUAUCUGAAAAUAGAGUUAUUUUGGGUUUUUUUGUUACAUAGUUCAUGUUUGAAUGCUUACCUUACUGUCACAGGCUUCAUUUUGAAACAAUUUUAAAACAGAUGUAUUAGAUCAGAUACAAACAAGAAUCUUGUUAUGUUCCCCUCGUCAAAUUAGUAUAUCUGUAAGUUUACUAAAAAUGUAAAGAAAAACAAUUUUAAUUAUGGCUUCCAUUGGACACAUAGAUCUAUUUAACAGUAAUCACUUACGCAUUUUACUGAAAUAGGAAGGAAAAAUGGAAGUCAGUUUGUGAUCACUGUCAUCUUCAAAAAUUAUUUAAGAUGGGGAUCAGCUAAGAAUGACAGAGAGCUAGAUUAAGCUAAAUGAAUUAAAUUAGAAGUCAUUCAAUAAUUGAAUAGUCUUUUUUUAUGAAAGAGAUGAUUUAGGUGAACUAUAUGUGAUUAACCAACUGGAAAAAUUUUUUAAAUCUUUCUUAUUCCCUUGUAAAGUAUGCACAAAUUUUAUCCCCAUCAGCAAAAGAAAGUCAUUUACUAGAGAGUUUCUGAUUGUUUCUUUUUCAUUUUUUCCCCAUCUCCAUUUAAAAUCCUUAUUAGCCAACCAACUCCUUAAGUGUUUCUUCUGUCAAUAGCUGUGUAUUGACAUAAUUUUAUUUCUAGUAAUAUUUGUCUAUUUUAUGUGAGGCACUGUUCAUCAACAUGCUCAUAUUAAAAUGCAAUAAGGAAGCAAGCAAGCAAGCUUAAUCUGGGAUAAGGAUGGGUGUGCUUAUCAUAAGAAAUUUGAAUUUCUUUAAAAGGUAACAUGUGAUAGAGAUAGAGUUUUCUCCAUUGUUUAUUAUUAUUUUUCAAUGGACAGAAAUUUUUGUUUGCACCUUAAUAAUAUUAUUACUGUUAAUAAUAUUAUUAUUAACAUUACUGCGAGGAUCACUUUCAUUCACGUCUUUAUCUGCAGUUCAAAUAUAUGACUUUCAUAUAUUCUUAACUGUUUAAUAUUUUUUUGUGUUGUCUAGUGUUAGUGGCUUAUCUUGAAUGUUUGCUUAAUGUUGAGGGAUCAAGAGUAAGAACAAUUUAUUAAAUAUUGAUCAUAAACCAAGAAUGUUUGGUUAAGAUUGCUGGAUAUUAGACUAGUAUUUUUUAUUAUUAUUUUGUUAUCUCUUUUUUAUGGAGACUGACUUGGUAUCAAGGCCAAUAUCAAGCUAGAUCAAACAAAGUAUUUGUAACAUAAGCUAAAGAUUAUAUCACAGAAUUUAGCUUUCAAAAAAUCAUAGCUGGCAGUUCCAAGCUGGCAAAAAUUCAGGUGGCCAAUCAGGACAAAGGAUUCUUUUUAUUUUCUCUCUCCUUAGAGUCACAAAUAGAAUGAACAAAUUGAGGUUAUUUUAUAACUAACUUGAUUUAAGAAUUAUUGUAGAAUACAGAAGUAAUGGAGCCAUAAGCUCCUUAAAGUAAUAUUUCUGUCCUUACAUAGAAUUAAAAGAAACGUUUUCUCUGUGCUAUUAUCUAUUUCCAGUUUGUGAUAUGGAGUGC